GCUGCAGGUGCGCCCGGGAGGGCGGAGCGGGCGGACUGGCGGCGACCUGAGCUCCCGAAGCUGUCUGUCAUCGUGCAGGGGCCGCUAGGCUUCCUCCACGGGAGCCCUGUUUUCUAACUUGAGGGCAACAGGUGGUGCCUGUGGACCGCGAGAUAGCCGGGCUUCGCCGCUGGGAGAGCGACAGUUAAGCUGGCCAAUUAGGGCGCCGGGGCGGGAGUUGUGUGGACAUUCUGGUUGGACUGACCAAUGGGAUUUGGGAUCAUGGGUGGGCUGCGAGGAGUGGGCGUGGUCGGAGUCUCAGUCCAAGGUUUCUAGUGCAGCGAUUGCCAGAGCUGUGUGGAGAGCUAAGCCGAGCGGGCAUGGGGUGCUUUCCACCCGUGUAGUAACGCCUUCCUGCCAGCCAAUGCUUACUCGUUUGGACACAGACUCCAAUUCAGGAGCAGUCUUGUAGCUGAAUCACCUAGGAAGAGAAAUUCAAAAGCCUUACGAAGAAAUCGUUUCAACUUGGGAUACUUAUUUGCUACUGGAAAUGGGGAAUGGACUGUCAGACCAGAAUUCUAUCCUGUCCAGCUUGCCUUCAUUUCAGUCCUUCCACAUUGUUAUUCUGGGUUUGGACUGUGCUGGAAAGACAACUGUAUUAUACAGGCUGCAGUUCAAUGAAUUUGUAAAUACCGUACCUACCAAAGGAUUUAACACAGAGAAAAUUAAGGUAACCUUGGGAAAUUCUAAAACAGUCACUUUUCACUUUUGGGAUGUAGGUGGUCAGGAGAAAUUAAGGCCCCUGUGGAAAUCAUAUACCAGAUGCACAGAUGGCAUUGUGUUUGUUGUGGACUCUGUUGAUGUUGAAAGGAUGGAAGAAGCCAAAACUGAACUUCACAAAAUAACUAGGAUAUCAGAGAAUCAAGGAGUCCCUGUACUUAUAGUUGCUAACAAACAAGACCUAAGGAACUCAUUGUCUCUCUCGGAAAUUGAGAAAUUGUUAGCAAUGGGUGAACUGAGCUCAUCAACUCCUUGGCAUUUGCAGCCUACCUGUGCAAUCAUAGGAGAUGGACUAAAGGAAGGACUUGAGAAGUUACAUGAUAUGAUAAUUAAAAGAAGAAAAAUGUUGCGGCAACAGAAAAAGAAAAGAUGAAUAGUAAUACCUUUUAUAUCUGUGUGGAGUAGGUUUUCUUUGGUCUGAUUUUGACAAAUGGAAGAGUGUCUACAGCCUGGAUUGCCUGCCUGCCCUCCUGGAUGCUAUCGCAUUUUUGUUUUGUUGAACAAUCAGAUGCCCAACUCUGUUGCCUUGUGGAAGACGAGUAAACGCAGUGCUCCUUAAAGUGGUCUCUUCUGCACUCCCUGCACCUCCCCCGGCCCGCCCCCCCCCCCCCCCGCCAUCUUUUGGUACUACCAUUUUUUGAAAGCCAAGCAAGGAUAGUAAAUUGACCAGGAAAACAGUUGUGGAAAUUUGACCUGAAGUUAGUGAAAUAAAACUUUGAAGAGUGUCUACCUAGUGUUGUGCUUACAUCUUUUUGGGGGAAUCUUUUGCAGGGACUUUGCAUAGAAGGCUUUUUAAGUUAAGAUGAAAUGCUAAUGAAUGGAAAUGUUAAGAUAGAUUAAUAUAAACAGUUAUGUGGGUCAUGUUUGUCCAUUUGGCCCUUUUUUUUUUUUGAUGUAAGAACAAAGUGUUUGCUUUUUUAGAUUUUGACCGAAUUAUUUUUAUCAGUUUCUGAAAUCAAACAAUUCAAUGCUAUGUCUGAAUUCUAGACAAUAUUUAAGUUGGUCUAAACUUAAAAUAAUCAAAUGAAGGCAUUUGGGGGCAUAUUCAAGUGCAUGGAUUAGUUUUCCUGACAAAGCAUGUUUUGGUGUGUAGUCUUACUUUUUAGAAAUAACUAUGCAUCUUUUACAUGGUCAGAUUUAGAACACCUUUUUUGGGGUUUAGGUUUAUUGUAGAAAUAGUUUGCUGUCAGAAGCACUUUCACUUGAAUAACCUAAAAUUACUUACUUGACUCUUUUAUAUAGUAAAUUUGGGCAUGUAGAUGCGUAUGCUUGGAUACGUUUUUGGAUUUAUAAAGAAAGUAAUUGAUGAAUUAAGUCAAAAGGAUGUAAUUGUGAUAAAUGGUCUCUAAAAUAUUAAAAAAUAUUCUAUUAAUAUUUGCUAGCUGAACACAGAUGUGGUUUUUCACAUCAUAUUUUUGUAGUGUUUUGGGAGGAGCAAAAGCUUUAUAAACACCACCUGAUGCACUGUGGAGUGAAAAUGUAAAAAAUGUCAUAUGUGCGCUAAGCUUUAGUUUUUUGUUUACAAGCUGAACAGUGUUAUAUGGGCAGUCCGCUCCUGAUUAUAAGGAAGGAAGAAGUGGUUCAAUACUGCAGAUAAGAACUUCAAUUAUAGAAAAUGAAGGGGAAAAUAACAAAGCUCUGUUCUAUGAAAAUUCGCUGGUGCUGUUUACAUUGGAAUAAAUUAUUACAAGGAAACACCUUUACCAAAUGUUUUGUCAAUAGGCAAAGACUUCCAUUGUAUUCCAUAUGUUACUUCCAAUGUAAUUCCACGUAUUAAUAAAUUUUUCUAUUUCUAUGUGUAAAGCCAACAGCUGUUUGUUCCGAAGAUAACCAAAAGAAAUGCACUUUGCUAGGUUUGGUUUUGGUUUCUAGUUUUGGUUUAUUUCAUUUUUCUUUAGUGGCACAGCUGAGUUUUUGGAACCUUGAUUCUUGUUACACACAAAAUGAAGUAGCUUCCUGUGGAGCUUUCAUAUGUUAAAUGUACCUGCACUAGUGACAGUCACUUAGAAUGUUUAUAUUUCUAGGAAUGUGGAUAACCUAACUACCAAUAAACUCUACUUGAGGCACUAGGAGAACAGUGUUUGAGUUUUCAUGUACUUCCAUUUUUGCUUAAGCUUUUAAUUAAAUAUGUGAAAACAACUUUGACAGCUGGGUUAUAUAAGUUCUAUAGUAGUUGGGUUCAUCUGCUCCUGUGUGACAGAGGCACUGAAAGCUAUCUUCUGGGAGGACUUUUUUUUUUUUUUUUUUUUAACCCUUCGUUAAUACUGAAAUCGUGGUAUAUACUCUAAACAUGACCAGCUAAACUCAUGAAAGGUUAAUAAAGCUUGCUUGAAAAAAAAAAAAACAAAAAACUUUGAGUCAAUUUAAAUUUUCAGCCUGCCUGGACUUUCCAUAUACUUCCUGUAUAAAAUAGUGUUGUUUUAACUAUCUCUUGGUAAUUUAAGGGUAUUGACCAUUAUUUUCUAGGCUAAGAAUUUGAUAAGCAAAUCCAUGCUAAAUUUUUCAUAUUUAGUGAAUGAAAAUGGCAUGAACAAUAUAUUUGUUUUUAUUUCUAAGAUACAUUUUCAACUUUAUUGUUGAAAAGUCUUUAAGAUUUUUCAGUUUGCCAAAUUCAAGUUCCUUACCAUCUAUUGUAGCUAUUCAUCCCAGAAGAUAGUAAGAUUGGGGGGGGGGUCUCAAGGUAAGUCCUGAAGAGUUUAGACAGUGCUUUUGUACUAGUUUUCUGUUGUUUAAAAUGUACCUUUUUUUCCUAAAGUAUAUUUUUGAAAUUUUUUUUAUAUUUGAUGUUCCUUGGUUUAAUACUAAACAUUAAUUCAAAUUUACUAUCAAAGAACAAAAUUUAAAAAAAUACUUGGUAUUUUAAAAGGUUUAAUGAAAAGUUAAAUGUCCAGAGUUGUUCUAAAACAAAUUAUAACAUUUAGGGGAAAAAAAAAGUUGUAUACUUUUAAGUUUCCAGCAUAGGUUCACUAAGAAUUAAACAUGUAAAAAUGAACCUAAAUCCUAAUUGAAAGCCACAAAGUGAUUAGUAUAAAUGUAUAUACAGAGAUAAUUAAUAUUAAUGAAUGAUGGUUUAUGAAUAUAGGGAAAGGCAUAGACUUAGAAUAUUUUUGUUUUUACAAGGUAUUUGACACUAGAAGGGUGUUUUCAUUAAAUUAUUCAUGUUGACUUCAAAAGAGGUCUUUGGUAGUAGAGUGUUUCAAGGUUCUUUUCAAUAUAACAUUGUCAACACUAACAAUUUUCGUCAGUGAUAAUAACAAAAAUACAAUAUGUUCCUUAAAACUUUAGAUGAUGGAAAACUCAGCAUUUAGGUAAUAAAACUUAAAGUCUCAAGUAUACCAUCGUUUGAGAUUGUAAUUUUAAGUCCAACCCAAUUAAAUUUAGCAGAACAAUAAAUGUUUCAAAGAAUCAGCUAAGAGAAGAUUGAGGGCAACCAGAUUUAGUUGCAAAUUAUGUGGAAAUGUCUGGAGUGAGUAAAUUAAAGCUUAAUGUGGAACAGUAGUAUGCCAAGCUAAUAAUCGUAAAGUUAAUGUAAAAAUGUUUGAAAAUCAGAGAUAAUGGUUUCAAUAAACCACUGUUAGAAUAUAUA